AUGGCACCCAAGAAAGUCCUCGUCGUGCUCACAUCCCACGACACAAUCCCGUCCAUCAACAAGCCCACAGGAUGGUACCUCCCCGAAUUCGCGCACCCAUACGACGUGCUCGAGCCCGUUGCCGAACUCACAAUCGCCUCCCCCAAGGGCGGCGUCGCCCCACUCGACCCGGCCUCUGUCGAGAUGUUCAAAGACGACUCAUCGCAGUCCUUCUUCAAGAACAAAAAAGCCGUAUGGGAGAACACGACGCCGCUCAAGUCGUUCCUCGGCAAAGCGGGCGAGUACGACGCGCUGUUCUACCCAGGCGGCCACGGGCCGAUGUUCGACCUCGCGACGUCUGCCGACAGCAUUGCGCUGAUCCAGGAGUUUUACAAGGCCGGGAAGCCGGUUGCUGCUGUGUGUCACGGACCGGCGGUGUUUGCGAAUGUCGAUGUUGAUGGGAGUCCGCUGGUGAAGGGGAAGGAGGUGACUGGGUUUACGAAUGUGGAGGAGGAUCAGGUGCAGUUGAGCAAGGCGAUGCCGUUCUUGCUUGAGGAUGCGCUUGUUGCCAAGGGUGCGAAGUUUGUCAAGGCGGAUGAGCCGUGGGGCGAGAAGGUUGUUGUUGAUGGGUUGGUGAUUACGGGGCAGAAUCCCGCGAGUGCAAAGGGUGUUGGCGAGGCCAUCAAGAAGGCCAUCGGGGCUUGA